CCGGUUGAGUUACUUCCCGUUUCAUUGCAAGAAUAUGAAACAACCUUUUCAAGACUGGAUCGACAUGAAGUUCUGUCGGUGUGGAGAGAGGUAGAAAGUGAACGGGAAGCUCAAUUGGAAAUUGCUAAACGGCUCAGAAAACAACUGGCUGGAGAAAUUAAUGCCCCAAGACCUUGUCUCAGUCCUAUAGUGGAGGGUCGGGAUUCGGCUGUAGGAACAAGCUCUACCUUACUUCUUCUCAACCCUGAUAUACGAGUUACAGAUUCUAGUCCAAUAUCUAGUCAGGAUGAUUCAGCAAUUGCAGAUUGUGGGAAGAGGCUUCAUUCAUCCCAUCAACCACCAGCAUAUAGAUCAGUGAGUGUUCCUUUGUUAGUGGUAACAAGAAGUGAUAAUUCUAUUUUAGAGAGAGAGGAAGAGGACCUGGAUGAACAUGGUUCUAUGCACUUGGAUGUUCCUUUUCCUUGGGAUACAUUCUCAGAUACAAGCCAGGAAAGUGAACUAAUGUUGUUGCAAGACACUCCUAGUCCAAUGUGUCACGAUUAUGGCGGCAGAACCGGUUUAAAGUGCCUGAUAGGGGAGGAGAGUGAGUGGGACAGGGUGGGCAGAUGCUACAGUGAAGAGUCAGAAACAGCUCAGGAAUUCUGGGAGGUGUCUAAAGGAGGAAAAGCUGAUCAUUUUGAUGAACAUGAUGAAGACUUGGAGCUUGAAGAAGCUGUAUCUGCUGAUGGGAUUCAUGAUCAUACCGAGCUCUCUAGCGAUCAAAACAUGCUCACUACUGGUCAUAGCAUGCUCUCAAGCUCACAGCAUGCUUCGCAUGCUCUUCAGCAUACUUUAACUAGAGUGCAUCAGUCAAUGAGGAAGCAUGACUGUAGAAAACAACUUAGAGUUCAAAUCAUUGACAGGAAUGGUUCAGGUUCUAAGAAGUGUGUAACCACUAGUGCAAAAAAGAAAGCUGCCAGAAAAACUCGGCUGACAGCAGAAAGUAUAACAAAUAUUUACCAGCGUGGUCCAAGCUUGGAGAAAGAGGAUGAAAAUGAAACUCCAAUAAAGGAUGAAGAAACUAUAAAUGAAGAAGAGUAUCUUAUUAAACACCAGGGCGGACAACUCCAUAUGGGGCGGAGCGGCGGAGAUUUUGAUUUGCCGAGUAAAAAAUUGAUUCUCCAUAAAGUUUUUUCCAGGAGUGAGAUAGAUGUAAGCAAAAUGAAGAUCUCCCAACAAGAAUCAAGAAUCAUUGAAAUUCUGGCAUUCAAAAGAUAUCAGGAAGAGUAUGAGGAAAGAAGAAAGGAGAAAGAACGCAGAAAAUGGGAAAAGGACAGGAAAGGCAGAGAGAUGACAAAAAAAGAAACUGAGAGAGAAUUCAGAAAGCAACUGCUGCAAAAGAGAAGGAAAGAAAAUGAAGAAUGCCAAAGACGACUUAUACUUGCAAGAGAACAAUUCCUGGAAUCCCAGGAAUACCUCAGGCAACUGUUAAAAGAUAAAGAUGAGCGAAAAAAGAACCUCAUAGAAACCAUCAAUAGGCAGAAGCGAACUUUAAUUCGACAAUGGAGGGAGAGAGAAGAAACAAGAAAAUCUUCCGUUGAUACAGCUGUACAGCAGCUCUUGCAGAGGGAUACACAGUACAGGUACAGUAGUACAGAGGGAUACAAAGUACAGACAGUACAGUACGGAGGGGAAGACAGUACAAAGGGAUUCCCAGUACAGGUUCAGCAGGACAGAGGGAUAAACGGUACAGAUACAGCAGUACCGGGGAUACACAGUACAGGUACAGCAGUACAAAAGGAUACAUAA